ACCGCCGCAUCGCCCCCCACUGCCACAGUCUCAGUCCCGCCCACCCCGCUCUCCCCUAGUGACCCUCUUCUUUACCGCCAGCACCUGAGGACUCCGCCCACCACUGCUUCAGAGCCCCCGGAGGAGCAGUAUGUAAGCGAGGUCACCGCUUGCGAUGCGUCCAAGAUUUACAGAGAUGCAGGAACCAUCACAGAUGUGUGUAACAGCACUGAUCUUCCUGAGGUGGAAAUCAUCAGUUUGCUUGAGGAGCAGCUUCCUCAUUAUAAGCUAAGAGCAGACACUAUAUACGGCUAUGACCACGACGACUGGCUCCACACGCCCCUCAUCUCACCCGACGCCACCCUCGACCUGACCACCGAACAGAUUGAGGAGACCCUCAAGUAUUUCCUUCUGUGUGCCGAUCGCGUGGGCCAGAUGACUAAAACAUACAAUGACAUAGACGCUGUGACACGUCUCUUAGAAGAGAAAGAAAGAGAUUUGGAGUUGGCGGCACGUAUUGGUCAGUCUCUGCUGAAAAAGAACAAAACUCUGAGUGAAAGAAACUCCUUCUUGGAGGAGCAGGUGGAGCACAUACGAGAAGAGGUGUCUCAGCUGCGUCAUGAUCUGUCGAUGAAGGAUGAGCUCCUGCAGUUCUACACCAGUGCAGCUGAAGAAAGCGAUGGAGAUUCUGCUUCUACCACACCUAUUCGUCGAAAUGACUCGUCUCUCUCAGUGCCAAAUUAUCUGCCUCUGGAUUCACUGCAGAAGAAACUCAAAGACCUGGAGGAAGAGAACAUCAGCCUCCGAACAGAGGCGAAUCACCUGGAGACAGAGACCAUCUCGUAUGAAGAAAAGGAACAACAGCUUGUAAAUGACUGUGUUAAAGAGCUCAGAAAUGCAAACAUACAGAUCUCCACCAUCGCAGAGGACUUGGCGAAGAAAACGGAGGACGCCUCCCGGCAGCAAGAGGAGAUCACGCACCUCCUCUCUCAGAUCGUGGACCUCCAGAAAAAAGCCAAAACUUAUGCACUUGAAAACGAAGAGCUCACUCAGCAUCUGGGAGCUGCUAAAGACGCUCAGAGAGCCCUAACAUCAGAGCUGAGGGAGUUGGAGGACAAGUAUGCUGAGUGUAUGGAGAUGCUUCACGAAGCUCAGGAGGAACUUAAGAACUUCAGGAAUAAAACGUUGCCUCAUAGUACACCACGACGAUUCCACUCGCUCGGCCUUUUUCCCAUGGACUCUUUAGCUGCUGAAAUUGAAGGUACGAUGCGGAAAGAGAUUGAGAUGUCUGAUCCAGAGGUAGAGGAGCAAAGGUUACACCCAAAGCGUGUGUUUCAGACAGUGCGUAAUGUCAACAAGUCGGUUCGACUGCGCUCCAUGGGUCGCUCCCCACAGAACAUCCCAGGGUCCAAUCAGACGUCCUGUAUGAACUCCAGGGGAUCCAGCUGUAUAAGCACGCCCAGAUCAAGCAUGUACGGAGGGGACGGAAGCGAAAUGGACAACCGAACCAGCAGCCUACUGCUGGACACCCAAUCACUUGACGGCUCCGAUGAUUUCAACAAGAAGCCUGGUACACCUGGCACCCCCGGGUCAAGUGACCUAGAGGCGGCGCUGCGCCGUCUUUCCCUCCGUCGAGACAACUACCUGUGCGAGCGGCGCUUUUUCGAGGAGGAACGAGAGCGCAAACUUUUGGUCCUGGCGGAAGGAAAGAAGCAGUCGUUCGAGGAGCGAGACUGUGGAAGUGGCAGUGAAGAUGGUGGUCCUCUGACUCCAACAGAGAGCAUCAUGUCUCUGGGAACCCUGCACUCGGUUUACUCCAUCUACAGCAACCGAUCCUACCUGCCCGAGAAGCUUCAGAUCGUCAAACCUCUGGAAGGUUCGGCCACUCUGCACGCAUGGCAGCAGUUAGCCCAGCCCCACUUGGGCGGCAUUCUCGACACCCGGCCGGGCGUGGUGACCAAGGGCUUCCGUCCGCUGGAUCUGGACCUGCAGGAGGUUUUCCAGUUCACCGACCUGGAGGAAGACGAUCCAGGACAGCAUUCCCUAUCCGGCACAUCUACCUCUAACCUGGGCUCUCUACCCUGCUCACCUGCUUCCCGAAGAGCACGCACCGACAAUUCCCACAGUCAUGAGGAUCAUCUCAAAGAGAACGGAGGGACCCCUGGUGUGGGGCAAGACCAAGGGGAGGUAGAAGAUGAGGAGGUCUCAUCUGUGCAUUUCCCUGGUAAAUGUAUGUCUCACACCAGCUCAACGUACACCUUCACUACCUGUAGGAUACUUCACCCUUCAGAUGAGCUCACCAGAGUCACGCCCAGUCUGUUGUCAGGUCCUUCACUGGCCUCCUGCGUGAUAUCCAACAGUAGUCUGCGUUCAACCCCUGUGUCCACCCCCUGCACGCCUCGCCGGCUCAGCCAAGCGGAGAGCUUCACCAACCUCCGAGACUCUACCAAAACCACCAGUACCUCUCUGGGCCUAGUGCGCCUCCUACAGGUUAGAGGUAUAUCUGCUGCUGUCUAUAACCCUCACAGCUGGGACCGGGCAGAUCGAGCAGCUGCGCCAGACCCCGGCUCAUCCCCCACUCAUCUGGGCACAGACACCCUUCCCUCCACCCCUCCGAACUCCCCCAGCAAAACUAAACUCACCAGUCCCGUCUUACCUGUAGACUACAGCCCCUCAGACCCCCCCUACGAAACGUUCCUGGCUUCGAGGCCGGCCAGCUCUAUCCUGAAGGAGGUGCGUGAGGCGGAUGAAAAGGCUCGAUCGGACUCGCAGUCUCAGACUGAGGUUAGUGUGCAGAACCUGCGGCUGAUGGACAAGGUGAAGAGGUUUAGCCUGGCUCCCAGAACUCUUACCCCAGGGUCCGUGGUGGGGAUGGGAGGGCCGGGACCACCGUUCGGGGCCCACGGUGUGAUGACGUCCCCAAUAGCGGGACUGCCAGUGCUGAACUCAGGGAUGAGAAGAAACCGCAGUUACCCAGCUAUGGUCGGGGCUAGUAUGGCUAUGAAGGGCCCGGGGCCUCCCAGUGAGGAUUUGCUGUUGGCUUCUGGCCAACAUAGACAAACUAGCCUCAACGAAAAGUGAAUGUUGCCCCUCUGUUGUCUCCCCCUUCAACAGUAUAUCAUCCUUGUGACAACUCGACAGUGCCUGUUAUGACGAUGAUGAUAAUUGUAUAUUAUUUUGUUAUAAUGAUAGCUAUACCAACCUUUUUCUUUACUUGUCUAACCAACAUUUACAGCACAAUGCAUUCAGCAGUGUCAUCGUAAAUUUCAAGCCUUUUGUUUUAAAAAUUGACAUUUUGCACUUGCUAGUUGCGAAAAAAUGUAGCAGAUGAACAGAGAGUGGAAAAUUCAUGCUCCUUGGUCAGGAUCAUUUUCAAUUUAAGCACUUUUUGACUACAGAAAUUGACUUCAUGCUUUUUUGUUGUAAAUCUGGUCUUCCUUACCCAACUAUUAUUUGCUUUGUGGCAUUUCAAGAUUGGUUAGCAAGAGCACUGAUAACAUAGAUAUAAAUAACUAGAUGCCGCAGUAUCAUCUGUUUCUAUGGGCCGCUAUAAGUAGGUCGUACGCCUUAUUUGAACGAGGCGAUCCGGUCCGUUAACACUCAAAAUCAAGCUGUAUGAUUAUGAGAAAAAAUAUAUUGUUGUGUUAAGUCAAACAUGCUAAACUACACAUGACAACAACUAAAGGUUAUCCCAUUUUUCGGGAAUUUAAUCCCCGUGGUUUUCACAGAAUUGGCUGCGCAGCGCAGUGUUUGGGCAUUAUAGUCAACGGUGAGUGACGUCAGUGGAACGUUCCAAGAUGACGGACACGUCUACGUGCCUGGAGCACUUGAAUGCGGCAUCUAGUUAUAUUUGUCUAUGACUGAUAGCACCUUAAUGCUAAUGCUAGCCUACACAUGAACAAUGAAAGCUUGUCAAUAAUACAGCAUUGGUCUGAUUUAGCUUCAUGCCUCUUAAUUGUGCCAGAAAUCUAUAAAAGUAUAGAUACUAUUACAGAAGCCUUGCUUCAUCUUAUCCUGUCAGUUAAAUGCAAAAUCAGAGUGUAACAAAACAGCUAAAUGAAAUGACUUUCAAUAGAGGGCGCUGUUGACACAGAGUUAUUUUACGUAUUAGCACACCCCUAUAUGCCUACUUGUUAUCCUCUCAGACAGCAAUGAGGGCACAGUGUGGAAAAACUUUAUUGCAGUUUGAAAUUGAAACAUAAUCAUGUUGCUUUUAAUGUUAUUUUGUGUCAGACCAACAUUAUUUAUUUGUUUAAGUGUGUGGAUGUAUGACUUAAUAUGUUGAACUGCAGUAUCAAAACCUGACAGGAAUUGCAACAGGAUGACUAAAAUGCUGUAUAUCUGUUGUGGCUUUGAAGCCCACUGACUGAUCGUAUGUGAAGGAUAUGAAGUGUAUUCUGUAAGCUUUAAAGAAUUCAAGGGUGCGAAGUCAUAGUGCCUUUUUCUUUCAUUGCUCCUCUUUUUCAGUCAUGCUUAGCCUACAGUUUUGUCUGCUACAGAAUGGAUUGCCGUAAACACCGUAACUGUGUUGUGUGUUGACUUCCUAACGGUUUUAGCCUAGAUGACAAUGCAAAUAUAGGAUGUAAACUUUGAAGGAUAUUAAAUUUGAUGUAUUGCUGAGGAGGCACAUACAGUUGAAAUGUAUGACAUCUGUUGAAAGUGUUUGAGAACCACAGCGGUUUCUGCCAUGACUGAACAUUGAUUUCAAUGGUGUGUUUUUUUCAUCAGAUUACUGAAAGGAUGUUGUAUAUUGUAAAUUAUAAAUAUGCAAAGAAGAUUUGAAGAUGCUAACUUUUUAAGAAAAACAAACAAAAAAGACUGAACUUAUAAAAAUGAGAAAAUCGGAAAGUGAUGACGCUGGCCAAAUGCUGGUUUAAAUGUGGAGUUUUUGUUUUCAUGAAUUUCAGAAGCUCCUAUUUACAUCAAUAAACCAGGUCAGAUUA